CUAAAUCUACCUAAAAAUUAGUUUAGAGGUGAAGAUUACUAUACCCUAUAUAUUGACUUAUUUGAUCACAGAUCGAUGUAGCAUUUCCCAACAAUGAGUAAGUUAAAAUAAUCAAAAGGGAAAAGCAUUUAUAUUUUAUAAUUCUCAACUAAUAUCAACAUUCCCCACCACCUCAUUAGUCAAUAAAUCAUUUAACACACAAAGAUAAACUUGAAGGCAGAGAAAGCUAUUUGAAGGAAAAGAAAAAGAAGGUGAGCAAAAACAAAAGUUAAAGUACGCUCACCAUUUUCCUUGUCUUUGCCCUGCUUUCCAUCCAAGUCCUUUGGCCCCUUUUUUCAACACCAUCUUUUACCUUGUUAGAAACUUUCACUCUAGCUUAGUCUCUCUCUGUCUUCUUUACCUAUCUAAUCUAUAAGACCAUUCAUUACCCCGUAUCUUUCAUGUAAGCUGCUAAUCAUUGUUAUGAGAUAAACUUCUCACAAUCUCAACCAUAAAUUUUAGGUGAUAACAUAACAUGUACAUCUUCUAUAUGUAUUAGAAUAUAUACUCCUCCUAAGGUUUUUUAGCCAUGGCUUCUCUCGGCAACCCGAAAACUUGGGUUCCAUACAUGAACAACAAAGACUGUUCUCAAGGAUUUUGCAGCUUCUAUUGUCCACAAUGGUGUUAUGUACUCUAUCCUCCUCCUCCCCCUCCUUCUCCCUUUGAAUUUCCUGAAGAGGAUUCAGGUCCAAAUUUCUCCCCUCUCGUUAUUUCAGUUAUUGGUGUCUUGGCCAGUGCUUUUCUUCUUGUGACUUACUAUGUCAUAAUAUCCAAGUACUGUGGCCGCAGAGAAUCUUCACAGCGCGAGAACCAUGAAGCCAAUGCUGAAUUGGAGGAGAAUGAGAAUCACAACCCUUCACUCCAUGAACCGUGGCAUGUUUCAACCUCUGGCUUAGAAGAGGCUUUGAUUAAGUCCAUAACAGUUUGCAAGUACAAGAAAGGCAAUGGUUUAGUUGAGGUAACGGAUUGCUCCGUUUGUUUAAGCGAGUUUCAAGACGAUGAGAGUAUUAGGCUUUUGCCAAAGUGCAGCCAUGCUUUUCAUCUCAAUUGCAUUGACACAUGGCUCAAAUCUCACUCCAAUUGCCCUCUUUGUCGUGCUAGCAUAUUCACCUUCAAUGCUGCAGCAGCACUUGAUGUGGUGGAACUCCCUUCAAGGAACGAAGCUUCUUCAGAAAAUCAACAUGUAGGUGGUGGAAGAGACAGUGAAUUAUUGGAUGAUGUGGAAGAAGAAGAAACCUUGCAUGGUGGUACAGAAGCUCCGAAGACCGCAUUUCGUGCUUUCAGUGAUUUAGGCAAUUUGAGAGGAAGGCAAAGUGUGAUUGAGAUUAGAGAUGAAGACUAUUAUGAAUCCAUUCGAAGGUCGGUGUCGAUGGAUCAUUCGUUUCAAAGUGGUAUUUCAGUUGCUGAUGUGCUGCAAAUAAAUGAGGAGCAAGAUUUCCAAGUGGAAGCAUGCUCCCUUGGACCUGGUCCAUCAAAGAGAUCAAGAGGUGAAAGUAGCAAGUCUAGCUGUAGAAGGAAGGUUUUGCAUUGUGUUGUGAGUCCAAUUGCAAUGAAGAGAUCCUUUUCCAGUGGGAGAUUCUCUCUUAGCAGAAAUGGCAGAGGGAGACAAGGGGUUUUGCCUUUCUAGAAAAUGAAAAUUCCUUUAUCUAUUUACAUCUUUUAUCCUUUUUCUGAAAGUGUGACAAUGAAGAAGAAGAAGAAUGACAAUUGACCAAAUUUUUGUGUGACGGUCUUAUAUUAAAUUUGUUUGGAUC